AGUAGACUACCAUAUCUAAAAAACCUGUCACAAAUUAAGCAAACAUUUAUUUGUCAUACAGAUAGCAUUUCUUAUUCUACAAAACCUCCACACACUUUUCCAUAAUAUUUUCAUCAAAGGUAUAAACAUGGUUAUGUCAUAUUGAACCAAUUUAUCUAAAAUCUUAGAUCCUAUUUGGUUUGCGUUGUUUCGAAUUUUGAAUUCAUAAUUUGGAUUUGCUUGGUAGCUUCUUAGUAUUAUUCUGCCUUUUUAGCUGAAGGGCUUUUGUAGUGCAUGUGAGGAAUAGUUCCUCUCCAGAAUUAUGCUCUCUCAAACUUCUGCAUCACUUCCCAGGUAUUUACAGCAGGAAGAAAUCCUCGAACAAGAAUGUAUAGCCUUAAUCUCCUCUCUACCCAAAGAAAAAGGAUGGGUUGCCUCUCAUCUGUACAAAUACCAAGGUUUUUGGAAUCCACCGAGGCACAUUCAAGGGAUCAUGACCUGUCAAGAGCAUUUCGAGGCUCGAGAUUCUGAUGUUUUCCUUGUUACAACUCCGAAAUCUGGGACGACCUGGCUGAAGGCAGUAAUGUUUACGUUAAUAAAUCGGAUGCAGUAUCCCAUUAAUCAAGAACACCCUUUACUCAGCAAAAAUCCACAUGACCUUGUUCCAUUCUUGGAAAUUAAACUCUAUGCUGAUAAUCAAAUCCCUGAUCUUUCCUCCUUUAAGUCCCCCAGGCUGUUUGCAACUCAUAUACCGAUUUUUUCCCUUCCGAAAUUCGUGCGAGAUUCUUCAUGCAAGCUUGUUUAUCUAUGUAGGAACCCGAAGGACAUUUUUGUGUCCCUUUGGCAAUUCACUAACAAGUUAAGGCUUCAAGAAAUGGGAAGUAAUUCACUUGGAGAGACCUUUGAUAUGUUCUGUAGAGGAGUGAAUAUUUACGGACCUUUUUGGGACCAUGUGUUAGAAUAUUGGAAAGAAAGCAUGGAGAAGCCUCAUAAGGUUUUCUUCUUAAAGUAUGAGAAUAUGAAAGAACGCCCAGCGGAUAAUCUUAGAUGCAUUGCUGAGUUCUUGGGGUGUCCAUUUUCCAAUGAGGAAGAAGAAUCGGGAAUUGUGGAACAAAUCUUAAAGCUAUGUAGCUUCGAUACUUUGAGCAACCUGGAAAUCAACAGGACUGGGAGGCUGGCAUCUGGUGAGGAAAACAAAGCAUUUUUCCGUCGAGGCGAGGUUGGAGAUUGGAAGAAUCAUCUGCCAACUGAGAUGGCACAGAAAUUGGAUCAGAUUACCGAACAAAAGUUCAGUGGAACAGGAUUAAAAUUGUGAGCCUCCAUUGGGUAUAGUAUCACUCUCUAAAAAUAAGAAAAUAAGCCAUUAUUGUCAAACAACUGUGUUCUUGUGCUUUACCAAAAUAGUGAUUAAAUUUUUGAACCGAGCUACACUACCAAAAGGGAGGAUGACAGAAGCCCUGACCUACUCUCACAUUUGAGGGCGGUUCCACUUCUUCAUCCCAAUUGUUUAUUCACGUGUCAAAUCCUCUGUCAAAAAAAUUCUGGCAGAGAGGCUUUUCUCUAAAUUUUUCACGAGUAUUCUUAGGUAUAUUGAGGAAAAAUCAUUUUUAAUGUAAAUGAAGUAGAACAUCCUCGUUUAUAGUGUCUUCUAUAAUUCUUCUCUCCCUCUCGUUGUAAGCUAUGACGUGAGACGCCACGUCCCUCUCUGUGUAAUCCAUCCUUUUAUCUAUAGAGAUCGUAGGGAUACUAUCAAACCUCCCCGUUGUGCUUUGGAGGAGGUUUAAAAACCACGCCGAAGCUCUAAUUGUACUUAAAAAAUAAUAAUAAUAAUGGAUUGUUUUCUA